CUCUUCUUUCUCUCUCUAUUUACUCUCUCCAUCCCUUUAUCUCCUUCCACGCAGCUGUCUCACACUCCAUCAUCUCCUUGGUUUAUUCUCAUUUCCAGUGUCAUCACAUGCUUUUACCUGCCUUUCUGGCAUGUGUAUGAGUGUGUUUCUUUCUGUAGCCUCUUUGAUAAGGAUUCAAAGCCUCACAUUGUGCACAGACCAGAGGGAAGCUGGAAGGCAACAAUGCAACUCUCUGUUCUGCGGGACUUUACAGAGCCGGAUCACAGCUGGUUUAAUGAGGCUUGACUGAAAAAAACCCCGAGUAGAGAAUGAACAAUGCCUGCUAACACUUGAUGAGCCAUGACCAGAACACUUGGACUAUUAAUACUACUGUCUGCUCUCUGCUGCUGCCUAGCGGACAAUGUGGGGCUGCUCCGCUCAAAGAGAGGGACUCGUUUUUACAGAGGUGAGCGCAACCGGCAGCCAGACAGACGGCCACUUUUGAUAAUUCAUGUCGAGAAGUCUUCACCUUCCCAUGUCACCUCCUCACUUUGUGUGGAUAGUCAAAUGUCAUCAGUGCGUAAAUAUGGGGACACUUGGCUGCGAUGGAAGGGACAGCGUGUGGAGUAUUGCCGUUGUGCAUUAGGAGGACGAGAACUUUGUCACACUGUGCCCGUCAUAAACUGCUACGUGUCUCAGUGUUAUAACGGAGGGAUCUGUAAGGAGGCCGUGUACACUUCAGACUACAUUUGCCAGUGUCCCCGAGGCUUCAGUGGGCGUCAGUGUGAGAUCAACACCAAUGAGAAGUGUAUUGCUGGGCAGGGCAGUGGGUACCGUGGCACACAGAGCAUGAGCAAUACAGGAGCAGAGUGCAUAAACUGGAACUCUACGUCUCUGAGGGGAAAGAAGUUCACAGCCAGAAAAUUGGACGCCAGCAGUCUUGGACUGGGCAAUCACAACUUCUGCAGGAACCCUGACGGUGACAGCUCUCCCUGGUGUUACGUCUAUAGAGGCACUCAGAUCAACUGGGAGUUCUGUUCCUUGCCCAAGUGUCCAGGAGAAAAGUACAGAGAGUGUGCGCUGGGCUCCGGGCAGUCUUACAGAGGUACAACAGCUGUCACUAAGAGUGGCUCUCGCUGUCUCCCAUGGGACUCCCCGGCUGUGAAGCGCAAGCGCAACAAUGCAUGGAGAUCUGAUGCACUGGAGCUGGGGCUGGGCAGUCAUAGCUUCUGCAGGAAUCCAGAUGGUGACGUGGGUCCGUGGUGUCACACCUACAAGAACAUGCAGCUGACCUGGGAACUGUGCGACAUACCUAAAUGCUCGAGACGGCCAUCUAUCACCACUCUCGGCCCUCGUGCCCCCACAACUAACAAUAACAGAGCGACUUGUGGCCAGCGUUUAGACAACUCCCUGAAUAACGCCGCCUACCGCAUGGUUGGGGGCAAAGAGAGCGACAUCUCAGAGCAGCCCUGGCAGACAGUCAUAAAUGUUUACCAGGCCCGUCUCAAACAACACUUUCACCGAUGUGGAGGAAUCCUCAUCGACUCCUGCUGGGUCCUUUCUGCUGCACACUGCUUCGAGGACAGAGAUAAAGCGGAGAAGUUGGAGGUGAUUCUGGGCCGUACCUUUAGGAAGCAGAAUUCCAGCAGCGAGCAGAUUUUUAAUGUUGAGAAGUACUGGAUCCACGAGAAGUUCAACAGUGAAACAUAUGACAAUGACAUUGCUCUGCUGAAGCUGAAGACAGACAUCGGCAUCUGUGCUGUAAACUCUCCAGAGGUUCUUCCUGCAUGUCUGCCUGAACCUGAGCUGGUGCUGCCCGACUGGACUGAGUGUGAGAUCUCAGGCUAUGGAAAAGACAGUGAAUUUGCUGCUGUGUACUCCGAGCGUGUCAAGAGAGGCUAUGUUCGCUUGUGGCCCAAAGAGCGCUGCAUCCCAGAUGUGCUGUCUGGACGGACGAUUACUUCCAACAUGCUGUGUGCAGGUGACACCAGAGGCCUGGAUGAUGCCUGCAAGGGGGACUCUGGUGGCCCACUCGUCUGUCGAAACAAUGACAGGAUGACUCUCAUGGGUGUGAUCAGUUGGGGUGAUGGUUGUGGGCAGAAAGAUAAGCCUGGCGUCUACACUCGUGUCACCAAUUACAUCGACUGGAUUAACGACAAAAUCAAGGCAAACCCAGUCUAAUGUAAGACAGACUUGCAAAGAAGAUGUUGUUGGAUGAACAGAGUGGGUAAUGCAACAUACACAGAUAUGUUUAUCAGCAAGAUCCACAGGAUUCAUGUUCAGAGCCAGUUUACCUGAAUCCAAAUUGGAUUUAAGACCACUCCUUCAGAGACGAGAAGGACCUCAGUCAUGAGUUUUUACGCUCAGUGUAACUUCUCAAGUUUGUCUUCUGUUCUUUACUGUUUUGAAUGCAACAGUAUCUAUGGACAGAAACACAGGACAAGCUCUUCUUCCUCCUUCUGGGCCAUCUUGAUCUUUUUUAUCCUUCUGUGCAUAAAAAUGUUUGAUUGUGCUCUCGGUAUUGUUAUUUUCUGACACCGAGCGCAGAGAGCAGGUUGUCACCAAACUGGAGGUUUAGGCAGUGAACCUAUUAAAAUAGGAAAUGCCGAUAUAUUCCUCUUCUCUUUUGUGGCUGGCCUCAUGCUGGUUUAUACUAUGAAGUCACAGUGGUAGACUUGAGGUCAGUAGCACUUUUAAUGAACGCUCCACUCAACACAGGCAUUUAGUUUGCACAAUAAGUCACAUAGGAAUGCUUUUACUGCUCCAAAAGGGCAUUUUUAACAAGUUGUGUGCACAUAUAGUGAACUGUCUUGUAAAUCUGAGGGUAUGUUGUCUUAAUUAGUUUUAAUGCAAACUUUCCUGCAUUUGCUUAUUUCAAGGCCUUAAAGGAUAAGUUCACAUGUUUUCAAAUCUGUCCUAAAACAAUAUUCUUGUGCUCAAAUGAACAUUGACACAUGUUUCUCUUGCCUUAAUCAUUCCUCCUGUUCAUACUGACCAUUGAAGAUCCCUUCAAAAUACACUGACAAUGUAAGUGAUGGGGGUCAAAAUCCACAAGCCUCCUUCUGUGCAAAAGUUUAUUUGAAGCUAAUAUGAAGCUUCA